AUGAGGCAUUAUGAAUGCAAGGAAUGUGGGAAAACUUUCACUAGUUCUUCGUACCUUACCAUCCACGUUAGACUUCACAGUGGAGAGAAGCCUUAUGAAUGUAAGGAAUGUGGGAAAGCCUUUGGACAUUCCUCAAACCUCAUUAAACACCUGAGAAUUCACAGCGGAGAGAGACCUUACGCAUGCAAGGAAUGUGGGAAAACCUUCAGUGUUUCCGAUACCCUUCACAAACACACUCGGACUCACACCGGGGAGAAGCCUUAUGCGUGUAAGGAGUGCGGCAAGACUUUCAUCACUUCCUCCUACCUCACCCGCCACGUGAGAAUUCACCACGGGGAGAGGCCUUAUGAAUGCACAGAAUGCAGGAAAACUUUCUCUAGUUCCUCGUACCUGACUCUCCAUCGAAAACUUCACCGGGGAGAAAGGCCUUACGAAUGUAAGGAAUGUGGCAAAGCCUUCGGACAUCCGUCAAAUCUCACGAAACAUCUAAGGAAUCAUAGCGGAGAAAGGCCUUACGCAUGCAAGGAAUGUGGCAAAGCCUUCACUAGCUCCUCCUCCCUCACGCUCCAUUUGAGAGUUCACCGUGGGGAGAAGCCGUACGAUUGUCAGGAAUGUGGGAAGAGCUUCACUAGCUCCUCCUACCUGCUUAUGCAUAUCAGACUGCACCGUGGAGAGAAGCCCUACGCCUGUAAGGAAUGUGGGAAAGUCUUCGGACUGCCUUCAAACCUUACUAAACAUCAAAGGAUUCACACUGGGGAGAGACCUUAUCCAUGUAAGGAAUGUGGCAAAACCUUCAGUCGUUCAGAUAACCUUCGUAAACACAGGCGAACGCACACUGGAGAGAAGCCCUAUGAUUGUAAGGAAUGUGGCAGAGCCUUUAAUCAGCUCACGAAGCUCAUGGAGCAUAGCUGGGCUCACAGUGGGAGCAGAGUUGUUUGUGUAAACCGGUUGGGAAAGCCUUUAGGGAUCCCUCACAGCUUGCUGUACUUAGAACACCCCAUGGAGUAAGGUCCCAGUGAAUGUCAGCUAUGUGGGAAAACCUUUGGACAGUAUCCUCACUGCACAUCUAUUCACUGACAGUGGAGAAAGGCCUUGGGAAUAUAAUUUAGCACAGUGGCAAAACCUUGAGUCUCCCUGGCUGCCUGUCUCAUCACGUGCAAGAGAGAGGCAUUGUGAAAUGUUAAGAAAUGUGGACAGGCCUUCAGCUGGGUUCCAUGCCUAACUGAAUUCACAGUGAAGAGAGGCUUUGUGAAUGUCGGCAGUGUGGGCAAGCUUUGAAGUCUUCCUCACACCUUGCGGUGCGUAGAAGGACUCAGUGGUGUGAAGUUUUACAAAUGUGAGGUGCGGCAGAAAGGUUUUCCGUCAGCCCUCAGCCCUCACUAAGUGUAACAGGAUUCACCAUGAUGUGAGGUCUAUUAUAAAGUGCGAGGAAGGUGGGCGAGCCUUUGUGACACAGCACCCCUCACUUAACAUCGGUAGACUCACAGUGGAGAGAGACUGUCAUGCAUGUCUAGAACACGGAAGAGCCUUUAAGGAUUCCUUACAUCCCUGUAUGCAUGAAACGACUCACCGUGGGCAGUUGUCUUCUCAAUGAAAGCCGUGUGGGAACACGUGUAGAAUUUCCUCACACCUGCGACGUAAUUAAGUAUCCACAACAGAGGGGCUGGGGCAGGGGUCUUACAAAUGUCAGGAAGCAGGGACAGCUUUCAAGGUGGUGAAACCCCGUAUUUUACCGAGAAGAACCCCAGGAGUGCAAGGGGUACGGAAAGCCUCUGGUCGCUCUUCACCCCACUUUUUUGAACUCGCAGCAUAGACAUUGUUGUACGUUAAUGAUUUUUUCAUAGGAAGGGUGUGAAUUCAAAGGGAUAAGUGGAAGUGCUUUGCAUCUUCGGGAGAAAUGACUCUUAUUUUAACGACACUGCUCUCUGCUACAAUCUUGGACACUUUCUCAUUCCAAGAUACAUAGUGAUCACUUGAUGUGCACAAGGCUAGAUGACAGAGAAGGCCCAGGUCCUCACAUGGAUUAAGCCUCCGGCGAAUCCCCUCUGACCAUAGUCUAGGAAGGUGCCUUGUGACCAGAGAGAGAACAAUGGCAAGUUGAUGGCAGAGGUAGUUAGGUGAACAGGUAACACCUUGCCGUUUGAUCUCCCUUGUGACCCAUUUAAACUUUGUUCCAUAUAAUAUUGUUUGAGGUACUUCUGUUUUGAAUGGUCACUGCUGGGUUUUUUGGUAUGUGUGUGUGCUGUGUGAUUUCCUGUAGACUCAGUCCAGGAUAAGGAAGAGCUUUAGGAAUUACACUCAUAAUUCCCUAGUCCCAUGGAAGGGGGAGGUUGUGGGACAAUUGGGCAUUACUAACGAGGACAGAAAGGAGGUGUUCUGAAGUUGAUUGUGGCAAAGGUGAUGGCGCAACUCUUCUUAAUUUGAUUAAGCAAUUAAUUGGACGUUGUGUGAGUUCUAUGCGAAUAAAGGUAUUCUUUUUUUUAAAAAGCCCUUGACCAUUUCAAAUAAAGCUUCAUGAAAUCGCC